AUGGAGCUCGAGGCCAUGAGUAGGUGCACCAGCCCGGUGACCCCGGCUGCCUUCCCACGCCUGACUGUGGUGCUUCUGGCCGUCGGCAUGUUCUUUACCGCCUGGUUCUUUGUUUACGAGGUCACCUCCACCAAGUACACACGCGACAUCUACAAAGAGCUCCUCAUCUCCUUGGUGGCCUCGCUCUUCAUGGGCUUUGGAGUCCUGUUCCUCCUGCUCUGGCUCGGCAUCUAUGUCUAAGUCCCCACGGGUACCCACCAGGAAGCUCACAAAGUCUUUGCUUUUGUAAAUUAAUUUUUUACCAUUGCCACACUUGUCCGCCUGCUGUUUACAAUAAAGGCGGACGUAUGACAAAAAAA